UUGCGACUUACCUUAGUUUCAGUGAUCCUCUGUGAUUCACCUCUCUGAUAGAUUACACUUAUUCUGCAAACAGUUUAUUGUUUUGGUCUUCAUGCAGUGAUUCGGUAAUUAUAUGCUGACGCUGUGACGCAUACUGUGAUAAGAAACACAAAACAAGGUUGUCCUUAGCUACUUUGUCGCUGGUUAGGAUGCCGAGCCGUGUUGGUUUCAUCUGAGGAAGUAGCUUGAUUCCCUCUUGCCAUGGAACAUGUUAGCAUCACAAAAUUUGCAUGAGUGGAACCCCACACUUUUGAAAGAAUCCCACACUUUUUGGGUGUUUACCUGGGAAACAAGUAAGGCCUUAGUUUUUACACCAGUUUUAGAAACAUUCUGCUCUCUUUCUUGUUCUUAUUUGUUCUCAAAAAAUCAUGUUCAUUUUACCUGUCUAAACAGGAUAAGGAUCAGAAUCAGCAUAUUAGGAUGGUUAUUUAUGUGUAACCACUAAUUCCAUAUGAAUUGAUGAAUAAUAAAAUUGUUCUUUUAUUGCAUAAAUUCAGAAAUGUCAACACACUGCUUGCCUGAUGAGUGACAAUAAUCUCAUAUCAACAGAUAAUACAAAUUCGUUAGAGAUUUUCUGCUGGACAGAACUACUCCUGGUAAAAGACUAAUAAUAUGAUUUUCAGAUUUUUGGCAUCUAUAACAUAUGAAUGUUGUGAGUCCCUAAACUUUAGGGCACUGACUUCUGAUGCCACAAGGCAUCAAUGCACAUAGGCAGCUUCUUUAUAUCUGCACAACGAAGCUAUGCAGGAAAUCCAAAGGUGAAGCUUAGGCUCAUUUGCUGCAUGCACCUCUUCCCUCAGCAGCUCAUAACGCUGCACAACCAUGGGCCCCCUUUGGACCUUCAUUCUGCUAUAUCCUGAGAUCUUCCUAGCUAUCAUCUGCUUCUUCUGGUUUUCACUCUUCCGUCCCAUCAGGCAGCGCCAGAAGAGCAACCUCCCAGUGAACUGGCCUGUUUUUGGUAUGCUUCCAUUCCUCGUGCAGAAUCUGCACUAUAUCCAUGACAAAGUCGCAGAUGUGCUCCGCGAGGCGGGGUGCACCUUCAUGGUCAGUGGCCCGUGGUUCCUCAACAUGAACUUCUUGAUUACCUGUGACCCAGCCACGGUCAACCAUUGCUUCAAUGCCAACUUCAAAAACUACCCGAAAGGCAGUGAGUUUGCUGAAAUGUUUGACAUUCUAGGUGAUGGACUCCUUGUAGCAGACUCUGAAUCAUGGGAGUAUCAGCGACGCAUGGCAAUGUACAUAUUUGCUGCCCGUACCUUUCGGUCCUUUGCGAUGUCCACCAUCACGAGGAAGACUGGCAGUGUCUUGUUACCCUACCUUGAUCACAUGGCUAAGUUUGGCUCAGAGGUUGAGCUGGAGGGUGUCUUCAUGAGGUUCUCACUAGAUGUGACAUACUCUACUGUGUUUGCAGCUGACCUUGACUGCUUGUCAGUGUCUUCCCCAAUCCCUGUGUUUGGCCAAGCUACGAAGGAAGCUGAGGAGGCAGUGCUGUUCAGGCACGUUAUACCACCAAGCGUGUGGAAGCUCUUGAGGCUGCUCAAUGUCGGGACCGAGAAGAAGCUGACCAAUGCAAAGGUGGUGAUCGAUCAAUUCAUCUAUGAGGAGAUUGCCAAACGGAAGGCGCAGGCAAGCGAUGGGCUCCAGGGAGACAUCCUGUCCAUGUACAUGAAAUGGUCCAUUCAUGAAAGUGCGCACAAGCAGAAGGAUGAGCGGUUCCUCCGUGACACGGCAGUGGGUUUCAUCUUUGCUGGGAAAGAUCUCAUUGCUGUCACACUGACUUGGUUCUUCUACAUGAUGUGCAAGCACCCACAUGUCGAGGCGCGGAUCCUCCAAGAGCUCAAGGGCCUUCAAAGCUCCACCUGGCCCGGGGACCUCCAUGUCUUCGAGUGGGACACGCUCCGGUCUGCCAUCUACCUCCAAGCCGCACUCCUUGAGACACUAAGGCUCUUCCCCGCAACCCCGUUCGAGGAGAAGGAGGCGCUCGUUGACGAUGUUCUCCCUAACGGUACCAAGGUGAGCCGGAACACGAGGAUCAUCUUCUCGCUGUACGCCAUGGGGAGGAUAGAAGGGAUCUGGGGCAAGGACUGCAUGGAGUUUAAGCCGGAGCGGUGGGUGUCGAAGAGCGGGCGCCUUCGCCACGAGCCAAGCUACAAGUUCCUGUCCUUCAACACCGGGCCCAGGAGCUGCCUCGGGAAGGAACUCAGCCUCAGCAACAUGAAGAUCAUCGUUGCCUCCAUCAUCCACAACUUCAAGGUUGAGCUGGUCGAGGGCCAUGAGGUGAUGCCGCAGAGCUCUGUCAUACUUCACACGCAGAACGGCAUGAUGGUCAGGCUCAAGAGAAGGGAUGCAGCUUGAUAACCAUGCUGUCAGCUUAGCUAUCCUGCUUUCUUGUGUUAUGUAUAUCUGCAUGAGACUAGAUGUCUAUAUGCAGAGUUGAUGAGAUGGAAUUAUUAUUAGAAAGUGUAAAAUGUCUGGUUGGAUUAGUGUCAGAAUUGUAACCAUGUGAAAGGAACAAAAAUGUUGUGGUGAUUGGUAUAUGAUUGUGUGAUGGUCUUUGGGUUGAUUUAUUCAAGUAUUUGUGAAGAACAGUGUACUUAACAUAUCAGUUAAGACUUGAGAGUAAGUAUCGGGUGAUUAUUAUUA